CCCCCCACCCCCCAUCCCCAAUCCUAUGUUGCCUCCCACCGCCCCCCAUGUCCCCUCUAAUCUCAGCACUCACAAAAACCCACUUUAAUUCUCCUUCAUAUUAAGCUCUCCAAUCCCCAAGAUUUCAUCUUUAGCCAAAAGAAAAGAUAAUGCCCCCAUAGCUGUACUUUGUUGUUGCGAGAAUACCAGUUUCUGAUUAGUGUUAGUUGCAGAUUGUGCAGUUUUUUCAGUGUACUUGGUAAAAAUCCCAGCUUUUUCAAUUUUCUUGUACCAGCUUUUCAUCCCACAUUCCUCCUUAUCUGCAAUCUGUUUGGCCGAACCCUAGAUCUGUGCUACAGUUGCUGAUUACACACUCUGCUCUUUCUCUCUCUCUCUUGCACACAGACACUGCUAGUGUGUCUUUGUGUUUGUUGUGGCUGUUUUUCUGUUAUUGACUUUUUAUCUCGAGUUCUUGAAUUUGCGUGAGCAGCUUUUUUUGUUCAAGCAGUUAAUGUGCAUGUGUAAGCUGUGCAGCUUCUGCUUUCCUACAAUUUCCCCCUUUUUCGCCUUCACUUGUGUGUGCAGCUGCUUUUUGUUGGAAAUUCUGAAGGAAUUGAAAGGAGAAUAUAGUUGGAAUUAACUAGGAGUGGUGUUAAGGGGAGGGGUGAAACUAUAGAAGAAAAGAGUGGAAGUGAGGGGGGUGGAACGAUGAGUGGGGCAGCAUCAUCUUCAGUGGCGGUGGGGGUGGGGAUAGGCGGCGGAGGCGAGCUGGGGUAUGGGGGUUAUAGGGCGCCAUUCACUCCAGUGCAAUGGCAGGAGCUAGAGCACCAAGCCAUGAUAUACAAGUACCUCAUGGCUGGCUUGCCAGUCCCACCAGACCUCGUUAUGCCCAUCCGCCGCAGCUUUGAUGCCAUUUCUGCCCGUUUCUUUCAUCAUCCUUCAUUGGGAUACUGUUCCUAUUAUGGGAAGAAAUUUGAUCCCGAGCCUGGGAGAUGCCGGAGGACUGAUGGGAAGAAGUGGAGGUGCUCGAAAGAUGCACAUCCGGACUCCAAAUAUUGUGAGCGGCAUAUGCAUCGGGGUCGUAACCGUUCAAGAAAGCCUGUGGAAUCCCAGUCUACUUCGCAGUCUGUGUCAACUGCGACGUCCCACAUAUCUAGUGGGUGUGGUAAUAAUAGUGGAAGCUUUCAUGGCAGUGGCAGUGGCAGUGGCAGCGGAAGCUUUCAGAACAUGCCGUUUUAUUCUGUUGCCAGUUCAGAUGGAUCAUCUUUUGGAAGCAACGUGACAAAGCUGCAGAUGGAACCUAUCUCCUACGGGAUCGAUAACAAGGACUUCAGGCAGUAUAUUCAUGGAGUGACUCCCGAUGCUGAAGAUCCUAGUUUCUCACUCGAAGCAUCUGCAAGUGUUGGAAGUCUGGGCUUGGGCUCGAGUGCAGGAGGUGGCACAUGGCGACUCAUGCCUUCUCAAGUCUCUUCGAGCUCUAUAAUAAAGCAAAAAUCUGAUUCACAGUUGCUCGGCCCAUCCUCCACCCAACAAAACAUACCUCACACAUUCGAGCCUAUCUUAAAGCAAAGGCAGCACUGCUUUUUGGGCAGUGAGAUUGGUUCCCCGGUCCUUGCAAAGCAGGAACAACAACAUCCUAUUCAUCCUUUCUUUAGUGAGUGGCCCACGACUAAGGAAUCGUGGUCCACUCUCGAUGAUGAUGAUGGUUCUAGCAAAAACUUAUUCUCCUCUACCCAGCUGUCCAUAUCAAUUCCGAGGGCGUCUACCAGUUUUUCUUCAAGUGGGUACUCCACACAGGGUGAGUCAAAUAAAGAGCUCUGACGGGCCACAUUAUUUUAGCAAGAAAUCGCUAUAGUGUCACGGUAUUGGAGAAUGAUGGUGAAGUUGAAGGGGAGAAGUUGAUGGUUGGUGAGAUAGCCAUUGGAGAUCUCGGUUUAUUAAGGGGAAAGGGCUCUAUUUUUAAAAGUGGUUGAAGAGGAACAAAAACGUUUUAUUUACUUAUUAUAAAAGCAUGUUUUUAUGUAUUGUUUUGUCUUUUGAAUUUUCUGUUAGGCCAGUACGUGGAGGAGGGGACCAACUAUAUAUGUAUUUGCAUGAAGGUUUUAACCUAGUAAUGAAAGUUCUACUUUUCUCUUA